CAGUAAAUUUUUUUCAAAUUCAAACUUUUUGAAAAAAUUUUUCCACUUUUUUAAAACGAAUAAAAAUAAAUUAAAUUAUGAUUAAUUCGAAUAAAAAUUGCUGAAAUGUUGACUUGUACUCCUACUUACAUCAGCGGUGCUUGUAAUUCCAACCCUUUUGCCGCGGAUUGGGGUGAAAACGAUGUAAUAUGCAUGUCAAUUGGAAAUGGAGUUGCAAUUCUGCAACCGAAAUUGGAAAAAGGAAACCCUGGUAGAAUAAAGGAUAUUUAUUUCGUUCAUAAGGGUAAAGUGAACGGGGUAAAAUGGGUAUCAAAACUUCAUGCCACCGACAGCCAACAUUUAAUUUCAUUUUCUGUGGAUAAAACUGCGAUAGUUUGGAAUUAUGAUGGUCAUCGAUGCCAUUCAAAAUAUAUCUUGGAAGGACAUAAUGAUGCUGUUGUUGAUGCAGCUGCAAUCAAUGUACUGCUCCCAAAUAAACUCGAAUGUAUAUUCGCAGCCACCAUGACCAUUGACACGCUGAUAUUAUGGAAAAAAAGUCAAACCGAUGAUAACUUCAUUCGUCUAGAUACCUACAAUUUUACGGACGUUGGUUUCGGUGCUUCCGGUUUAGCAUUUUCAAUCCUUCCUGGUACCCAGACUUUGAUUUUAGGCUGCCCGAAAAAAUUUAUCAACAUUAGUUUGUACAUUUGCGACUUGAGGUUACAAUCAGAUUCCAAUUAUUUCAAAGAAAGUAUAGUUUUAACCGGCCACACGAAUUGGAUAAAUCAUUUAGCGUUCGCUUAUACUGAUGACGAGAAAACGCUGUUGCUUGCUAGUUCAUCUCACGAUAAUACUAUCCACAUACGUCGAAUUCAACAAAAAGACAGACAGGAAGAACAAGAAGCUGCUCUAGGAGUUCAAGAAUUCAUAAUGUUCGCCGAAGAAAAACGAUUUUGUAUCACGAUAUAUUCAGUCUUAUACGGUCACGACCAAUGGGUAUAUUCUUUACAAUGGAAACACUUUGAAAAUGAAGAGAAAGAUGAAGAUAAAUUGAAACUAUUAUCCGUAUCAGCAGAUAAAACGGCGAUAGUUUGGCACCGAGAUCCGAGUAUUGAUACUUGGGUUGAGAAUUACCGUCUCGGGGAUGUUGGUGGAAACGUAUCCGGAUUUCUUGGUGGUAAAUUUAGUCCUUCUGGAGAGUUUAUUGCGGCUCAUGAUCUUCGUGGAGCAUUUCACGUAUGGAAAUAUAACAAGGAGAACGAUUCGUGGUCUUCGGAAACUCUGCCCGGAGGACAUUUCGAUGAAGUGGCUGAUAUACAGUGGGAUCCUCGAGGGCAAUUUUUACUAUCCGUUAGUGCAGAUAAGACCACUAGAUUGCAUGCUCCAUGGAGAGAAGAUAGUUCGCAUUGGUUCGAGUUUAGCAGACCUCAAACACACGGUUAUAGUAUAUCCUGCGUUACCACUCUACCACAUUGUAGAUUCAUUUCGGGAGCUACGGAAAAAGAAUUGAGAUUUUUCAUCGCUCCGAAAACUUUCAUACAAAACUUCAAAUAUUCGUCAUUUUUAGAAGAUUUAGACGAAUCCAAACAUCCUCACAAAAGUGCCCUCCUUCCGUCCCUCGACUUAUCGAAUAAACCAACCGAUGAAGUAGAAAAUAUCAAUAUAGAUUUGACUAAUUGCAAUGGGAAUGAGAUUUCAGUCAAUGGUAUUCCUACCGAAGACGAACUGGCACAAAAUACUUUAUGGCCCGAAAUGCAAAAAUUAUAUUACCAUCCGAACGAAGUAUCGAGCAUGGCAUCCAGCCACGAUGGAACUUUAAUAGCUUCAGCAUGUAAAGCAACAUCCGCCAAACACGCUUCAGUUGCAGUUUGGAAAGUCAAAUCAUGGGAUAAAAUUGAAAAAAUACAAGAACUAUCUUUCCAUCAACUAACCGUUACUCAGUUAGCUUUCUCGCCGGAUAAUUCUCGCUUGCUUACGGUCUCCAGAGACAGAUCGUGGUGUCUUUUCAAAAGCAACGAUCACGGAGUAGAACCGUUCGAAACGAUAGCCUAUACUUCGAAAUCUAAUGCUAUUCAUAAACGUCAAUUACAAUGUUGCGCCUGGACUCAUGACUCGAAGUAUUUCGCAACAGGAUCUCGAGAUGGGAAAUUAGUAAUCUGGGGUUACGACGCACCCGAACCUGACUCUUCAACUAAUGGAUACAAUAGUCAACACAUUUUAACCCUAAAUGAUGAAAAUAUUACAUCGGUGUCGUUCGCUCCAGUAUUCGUUGAAUCAGAUUAUUGUUUCGCAGUAGGUUUCGACGACGGUAAAAUACACCUGUACCGUUGGAAUGCGGAAAAUAAAUCACAAUGUUCGCAUUGCCUGACACUAAACGGAUCUAUGGCGCAUAAUAAGACCGUCGCCAGAGUAUUAUUCAGACCAAUAUCAAGCUGUAAUAAAAACCUUCUUCAAUUAGCCAGCAGUGCGGCAGAUAAUCUCGUACGAAUAUACGAUCUGUCAUGGACAAAGUAACUUCUGUGAAGUGUGAAGUAACAUGUGAUAAUUUUUACUGUAACAAAAUACAUUUUAUUGUAAAAUGCG